AUGGAGGGUUUAGAAAUUCCAAAUUUACCAUCCGAUCAACAAUCUGUAAAUGGAUCAGCUUCGGAUCAUGGCGAUGAGGAUUCAGGAUUCCAACCUUCUGUAUCAUCUUUAGAGCAACGGAUCGAAAAUCCAGAAAAAUUCCUUUAUACGGAACUCAUUAGGGCCAAUCUCGGAGAAAGAGCAGCUUUCAUUAUUGAUUUAUUGAUUUCUUUGGGUAGAUUAUCCAUCCGUGAAAUGCACACUUGGUUGAAUAGAAAUUUAGCUUCUUAUUCUUCAACCACUGAAAAGGAAUGGUCUAUUAAAGAUAUCAAGAGUACUAUUGUCCCAUUAAUUCAAUUAAGAUGCCUGAAGUAUUUUGAAGAAACUUCAUUCUCAGGGAAAAAAACAACUUAUUAUUAUUACAACAAAGAAGGUCCACUUUUGAUGUUAUAUUCUGGUCUAAUUGUCGAGGAGAUGAAUAGGUUAUACCCCCCCAAUUCUGAGGAAACUGAUAUCUCUGCUGCGCAAAUUAUUCAAAAUGUUCUGACUGUGGGUUCCAUCUCAUUGGCGGAAUUUUCAGAAAAUUUGUCUGAAGAUUCUAAAACUUCCAAGUAUACCGUCUCGGAAAUCUUUGUUAAGUUAUGCGAUGAUAAGUUUUUAACUCCAAUCUCUAAAUUAAACUAUACACCUUUAUCAGAUUUUUGGACAGUUUUAUAUGAUAAACAUUAUAAUGCUAUUCCAAGAACAUCUGCUUUGUCGGAUUUAAAGAAAAGAAUGGAAGCUAAAGGCAGAGCCAAAGAAGAAUUUUUAAAUAUCAUCAAGAAUAAUAAUGAACCAGCCAGAGUUAUAACUACUGACCCACAUACUUCUUUGAGAACUGUACAUAAGAAUGUUCCUCUAACUUUCAAUCUUGAUCGAUUUUUAAAAUCAAGAAGGUCGAAGCAUUUAGUCCAAUUAUCCAGAUUCAGAGUAGGUCCAAUCUCAGCUCAAGUUUAUAAAGCAGCUUUGAAACUAACUGAAAAGAGAUCCGUUGAUUUGAUUCAUCCUUUGACUCAAACUGGCCUGCUUCAGGAUCUGGAUGAAGCUAUUGGUAUUCGUGACGACGUAACAUUAAUGGAAGAAAAUGGUGCUACCUUUAAUGCCAUCGAACUAGCAAAACAUCUAUCUCCUGACGUUCAAUUGAAAGGUAGUCUUGCCACUCAAAAGAAAGAAGCAAAUAAUAAUAAAAGGACAAAUGAGGAACAAGCUAGUUUCGCUGCCAAGAAGAAAUUGAAAACCAAAGACGGAUUUGUAAUUCCAAGUUUACCUAAACAUGUUUCUGAUAACAUCGAAGAUAAACAAAGCUUAGACGGUUAUGAUGAUGAUAUGGAAAUGGAUGAUGAUUUCAAUGAUACUUCAAAUUCUAUCAAUUUGAUUAACAUGCACUUAAAAUUACUUGCCUCAUCUAGCAUUCCGUUUCUACAUGAGACUAGACCGGGUGUUUUCUAUGUUCCAUAUACACAACUGAUGCCUGUUGUAAGAUCUUCAGUAUACGAUUACAUAAUUGCAUCUACUCUAGGGCAAUCAGCAAUGCGUAUACGUCGUUGCAUCAUAGCAAAUAGACUAGUCUCUGAAAAAGUAAUUAAUUCCAUGGCCCUAAUGAAGGAGAAAGAUAUAAGAAGUACUAUAGCCGCCUUAAUAAAAUACAAUGUAGCCGAAAUCCAGGAAGUCCCAAGAACAAUGGACAGAUCUGCAGCUAGAGCAGUAUUUUUAUUCAGAUCAAAAGAAAGCCAUUCCUAUAGUUUUAUGAAACAGAAUCUAGAAUGGAAUUUGGCCAACCUAAUAUACAAGAAAGAAAAGUUGAAGGAUGAGAAUGUGACAUUGCUAACUAAAGCCAACAGAGAAGAUGUGAAAGGCAACGAGGCAGAAUUACUACUUUCCAGCGAACUUAAUCAACUAAAGAUGGUAAACGAACGGGAACUAACCACAUUUACGAGGUUAACGAGAGUUAUCUCUCUGUGGGAAGUUUUCAGAUUUUAUGUUUGA